GUUCGUGAAAUGUCGUCACCGGAAGUAGAUACUUUCGGAUUUUCGGAUUUCUUUUAUUCGGAAUUUCUCUUCCAUUAUUAUUGAAUCUCACAUGUGAACAGAGAUUAGAGAAGAUGACAACAACUUUUUCAAAUCCCUCUCAACUUUUGCCUUUAGAGUUGGUGGAUAAAUGUAUUGGAUCUCGCAUUCACAUCAUUAUGAAGAAUGACAAAGAAAUUGUAGGAAUAUUACUGGGUUUUGAUGAUUAUGUCAAUAUGGUGCUAGAAGAUGUCACAGAAUUUGAGAGCACCCCAGAGGGAAGAAGAGUUACAAAAUUGGAUCAGAUUUUGUUAAAUGGAAACAACAUAACAAUGUUGGUUCCUGGAGGGGAAGGUCCAGAAACAUAAGGGAUUUUUUACCAUUUUAUCGGAGGCAGACAUCACUCACAUGCCAUUACCAUUCAUCUAGAAACUUAUUGUCACCAUUACAUACUUUAUAGUUAAUAAAAAAAAAUGUAAUUAAA